AUCUAGAAGCUCUACAUCUACAUCUAAUGAGUCCAAGUUUAGAUAUCUACAUAUAUAUAUAUGAGAAAGACAUUUGUGUGCAGUCUUUAGAGAUCAGCACAUCCAGUCCAGAUAUAUAUGAAAGUUUGUGUUGAAGACCUUGAACCAAACAUGGCUAGCCAAGCUCCAGUUCUAUCCCAAGCACCUCAGCACCAUUACAGUCUUCAACGAGAGUGGAGUCACCAAAGCAACUCCAUGAUGAGCCCAGCCUCCACAUCACAGCUCAUGUCUCCCACUAAAGAUAAUGCAGUUAAUAUCUGUGGCUUUGGUCAAGAGAUUGUGCAGGACAUAGUCAGUAAAGCCCAGGAAGUGUUUAACUUGCUGAAAGCAAACAGCAUGCAGUUGCCCAACAAUGUUACCUUUCAUGGGCAGCAGUACACAGAGAGAAAGGGUAAACUGGCAGAACAAUUACAGCAGGUCACAAUGAAUUUUAAAAGACUCAGAGCAUUUUACAGCAAAGUGAAUGAACUCUGUGAACAGAUUGAAAUACCUUCUGAACAGGAACUGGUGCCUUAUGUAGGUCAAGAAGUAGACAAGACUCAGUCCUACUCAGAGGUCUAUCUUUAUGUAUCUGAACAACACAGAGACAUGCUAGAGCAAAUCCAUUGGAAGAAUCAACAACUCAAGGAAGUCAUUGACAGUAUGAGAUCUAUCAUAUGGGAGAUAAAUACAAUGAUUACUAUGCGGAAAACAUAGCAGAGUUGCCUCCUUUUGUCACAAAGAUGAUUUGUACAAAUAUUUGGAGUUGAAUGGUCAAGUAAUAUGAAUUGUAUUUGGAGCUGAAUGGUCAAGUAAUAUGAGUUGUACUUGGAGCUGAAUGGUUAAGUCAUGUUAGCAGAAUGUAUGUAACAUUGACUGGUCAAAUGAUAUGAAUGCAAUAUAAUUACAGUAAAAUGGUCAUGACCAGGUCAUGUGUUGAAGUUAAUUGAAGUAUUAAAAAAUGUAAAAUACGUAUAAAAGUUGUGAAUAGAUAGAAUCCAUUUGUUACAUUGUACUUCUUUAUGUAGUCAUAAAAGGACCUCUGAGUACACUUCUGUAGUCGUGAAUAGAUAGAAUCCAUUUCUUACAUUGUACUUCUUUAUGUAGUCAUAAAAGGACCUCUGAGUACACUUCUGUAGUCGUGAAUAGAUAGAAUCCAUUUCUUACAUUGUACUUCUUUAUGUAGUCAUAAAAGGACCUCUGAGUACACUUCUGUAGUCGUGAAUAGAUAGAAUCCAUUUCUUACAUUGUACUUCUUUAUGUAGUCAUAAAAGGACCUCUGAGUACACUUCUGUAGUCGUGAAUAGAUAGAAUCCAUUUCUUACAUUGUACUUCUUUAUGUAGUCAUAAAAGGACCUCUGAGUACACUUCUGUAGUCGUGAAUAGAUAGAAUCCAUUUCUUACAUUGUACUUCUUUAUGUAGUCAUAAAAGGACCUCUGAGUACACUUCUGUAGUCGUGAAUAGAUAGAAUCCAUUUCUUACAUUGUACUUCUUUAUGUAGUCAUAAAAGGACCUCUGAGUACACUUCUGUAGUCGUGAAUAGAUAGAAUCCAUUUCUUACAUUGUACUUCUUUAUGUAGUCAUAAAAGGACCUCUGAGUACACUUCUGUAGUCGUGAAUAGAUAGAAUCCAUUUCUUACAUUGUACUUCUUUAUGUAGUCAUAAAAGGACCUCUGAGUACACUUCUGUAGUCGUGAAUAGAUAGAAUCCAUUUCUUACAUUGUACUUCUUUAUGUAGUCAUAAAAGGACCUCUGAGUACACUUCUGUAGUCGUGAAUAGAUAGAAUCCAUUUCUUACAUUGUACUUCUUUAUGUAGUCAUAAAAGGACCUCUGAGUACACUUCUGUAGUCGUGAAUAGAUAGAAUCCAUUUCUUACAUUGUACUUCUUUAUGUAGUCAUAAAAGGACCUCUGAGUACACUUCUGUAGUCGUGAAUAGAUAGAAUCCAUUUCUUACAUUGUACUUCUUUAUGUAGUCAUAAAAGGACCUCUGAGUACACUUCUGUAGUCGUGAAUAGAUAGAAUCCAUUUCUUACAUUGUACUUCUUUAUGUAGUCAUAAAAGGACCUCUGAGUACACUUCUGUAGUCGUGAAUAGAUAGAAUCCAUUUCUUACAUUGUACUUCUUUAUGUAGUCAUAAAAGGACCUCUGAGUACACUUCUGUAGUCGUGAAUAGAUAGAAUCCAUUUCUUACAUUGUACUUCUUUAUGUAGUCAUAAAAGGACCUCUGAGUACACUUCUGUAGUCGUGAAUAGAUAGAAUCCAUUUCUUACAUUGUACUUCUUUAUGUAGUCAUAAAAGGACCUCUGAGUACACUUCUGUAGUCGUGAAUAGAUAGAAUCCAUUUCUUACAUUGUACUUCUUUAUGUAGUCAUAAAAGGACCUCUGAGUACACUUCUGUAGUCGUGAAUAGAUAGAAUCCAUUUGUUACAUUGUACUUCUUUAUGUAGUCAUAAAAGGACCUCUGAGUACACUUCUGUAGUCGUGAAUAGAUAGAAUCCAUUUCUUACAUUGUACUUCUUUAUGUAGUCAUAAAAGGACCUCUGAGUACACUUCUGUAGUCGUGAAUAGAUAGAAUCCAUUUCUUACAUUGUACUUCUUUAUGUAGUCAUAAAAGGACCUCUGAGUACACUUCUGUAGUCGUGAAUAGAUAGAAUCCAUUUCUUACAUUGUACUUCUUUAUGUAGUCAUAAAAGGACCUCUGAGUACACUUCUGUAGUCGUGAAUAGAUAGAAUCCAUUUCUUACAUUGUACUUCUUUAUGUAGUCAUAAAAGGACCUCUGAGUACACUUCUGUAGUCGUGAAUAGAUAGAAUCCAUUUCUUACAUUGUACUUCUUUAUGUAGUCAUAAAAGGACCUCUGAGUACACUUCUGUAGUCGUGAAUAGAUAGAAUCCAUUUCUUACAUUGUACUUCUUUAUGUAGUCAUAAAAGGACCUCUGAGUACACUUCUGUAGUCGUGAAUAGAUAGAAUCCAUUUCUUACAUUGUACUUCUUUAUGUAGUCAUAAAAGGACCUCUGAGUACACUUCUGUAGUCGUGAAUAGAUAGAAUCCAUUUCUUACAUUGUACUUCUUUAUGUAGUCAUAAAAGGACCUCUGAGUACACUUCUGUAGUCGUGAAUAGAUAGAAUCCAUUUCUUACAUUGUACUUCUUUAUGUAGUCAUAAAAGGACCUCUGAGUACACUUCUGUAGUCGUGAAUAGAUGUUGGAAGCCAAGUGUUUUACUGCUAGGUCACCACAUCCAAUACUUACAGAAAACUAGUUGAUAUAAUAAUAAUAAUACAGCUUGCCUUUCGAGUCCAAAGAUUAAUGAGGAAUGCAGUAUUUCCCAUUGGCUACGCAGCCCCAGCUGUGACCUACAUUUUAUAUAAUAAAUACAAGUUAUUGAAAUCUCUGUUACCCUUAUUAUAAUUAAAAAAAAUUUAUGCAGAAAAAGCCAUUGAUUUCGAUAAUAAGAUUUCUCGUCAUGACCAUUCAUUAAUAUAAAAUUUUCCCUUUCAGACCUUGUGAUCUAUAGGGCAGAUGAUGUAAAGGUCAUCUGUUUCUGUGGCCCACAAUGUGGCUAGCACAAUGACCUAUCACCUAUGCUUUUCCACAACUAAUGUCAGGUACCCAUUUGGUACCCAUUAGAGCUGGGUGGACUCAGAGGUGCCCAAAGAUCCCAAAAUUAAAAAUCCCAGUCUGCACUAGGAUUCAACCCGGUACCCAUGGUUUGGAAGCCAAGCGCUUUACCACUCAGCCACUGCACUUCCAUUUAUAAAUAAAGCAGUUCUAAAUUGACAAAAUUUCACUCAAUAUUAAAAAACAUUUGUAAAGAUUGUAAGCUCUCUAGCUAACAUUAUUCUUUAGUCUUAACUAUGUAAAGAACAAGACUUUUUGUAGCCAUCUAAUAUAUAAUACUGUUCAUAUUUGAAGAUUAUAAUUUUUAUAGAAACCUAUCUCAAAGUAAUCUUCAAUUAAUGCAUGUUUCAAGAUAAUUCAUUUUUAUGUAAAAAAAAAAUGAAAAGAAAAGUUAAUUUUUUUCAAUUGUUAACAAAGACUAAUCACUUGAACAGCAUUUACAAGUGUUCAUAAAUUCUAAUUUCACUACAAUUUCUUUUCAGCAUUUUUUUUUUUUUUUUGAAGCUUUUGAAUUCUUCCAUUAUACUUUUACUAUAAACUGACCAACAAAGUAGGCAUUUAUAUUAGAUUGUGUUGAGUACUUUUAUUUUAGUUUUUCUUUGAAAUUUCAAUCACCAUUGAACUAUGACUUGCAUACAGAGGUGUUGUGACAAUUUGUAAAAUUAUGUUUCUCUACUAACAUUAGGGUAUCAGAAGAAAAACAGAUUCUAUUUCAAAAAGGCUCUCAGCUAGCCCUAUUAAAGAAAUUAAAUUGCCACACACACAAAAUAAGAAAGUGUCAGUGGAACUGUUGUAGAGUGUGAAUACACAAAAAUAUUGAAAAAAUAAAUGGCAACAAUUAAUAAAACCUGUAACUUAAACUAAAAACAAAACAACCUAAAGCUUAUAAUAAUGAUAAUAAUUUUGUGUUCACUCUUUUUGUAUCAUCCUAAAAUACAUGUAUGUAUAAACAAUGUGAUUGCUGCUUCAA